GCCCUCGAAAGGCAAAUCCGGAGAAGGCGAUCCCGCGGCAAUAAGCGCGCCUAGACUACGUCACUCGGAAGAGAUGUAGUUAGUCGAGUGUGUGAGAGCGCGUGUGAUGAUGGCAUGAACGGUGCGCGUAUCAGUUCCCACGAGACGGAGAGUGGAACGGGAGCGAGAUGAGACGUGAUCCCACCGUCGAUGCGCGACGUUUAACAGCCCGCUGAUCUGCCGCCGAUCGACGGAUACAUCGGAUCGCAGGAAAAAAAGAUAACAGAUUCGUUCGCCGUAAAGAUCGUCCGUCGUCACGGCACCGGGACACACAGGAGCUAUGACGAGAUAACAGAGGCAGAAUGAGACACAGCAGCAGCGGUAACCUAUUCGGUUAUGCGGUCCUCACGUUCACCCUCACUCGCUUCAAGGUACAAGCAGAUGGUGGAGCUGCCUGUAAAGAUCAACAUGGAAACUCCUUUGAAAGUGGUUACCAUUACAUCCCAGGACCUGAACCAUGUACCUUUUGCGUUUGUGAUAACGGCAAUCCGAAGUGGUGUAAGGCGUUUUAUUGCAAAUUUCUUGAGGAAAAUUGCAAGUCUUAUCGCCGAGGUGAUACUUGUUGCGAGUUUAUCUGCCUGGAUGAUACAUCGACUAACAAGGGUGAUGGAACCGAGACUAACGCGUUAGACGGAAAUGUAAAUUAUGAUAUAGGUCUAGGAUCAGUCGCCAUUUUUGUGACGGGAUUAUUUUCGCUGUGUUUGUUAGUUCUUCUGGUGUAUCGCUAUCUGUGUCAAAGUAAAAUGCAAGUUUGUGUGACAGGUCGCGAGAACAGACAACUUGGAGAGGACCAAAGAAGCUUAGGUAAUAUGGGUUAUUUGGAGAGAGGUGGGUUGCCCCACGGGGUUCCCAUGGACGAUAUGCCGUGCGGAACGGGCCUUUACUCCCUGUGGAAACCGCCUUACUUUCCGCGAGGAGAAGCGCCGCCACCUUACGAGGAAGCGGUCGCGGCCGCGCGAGCGGAACUGGCGUUGCUGUCAAUGAAUCCGCAUCCGCUGUUGCCGAUGAAUUAUUCCGACAGUUACAUACCGAAUACGAACAAUCACACAAGCGUGGCGGUAGUCACAAACGCCCGGAGCGAAUUGACUGUUAACACGCAAGCGUCAUCCAACGAUAGUCACGUAAGCACUCCGUUGAUAUCCGCGUCGAACAGACCGCUCUCCAGUCCCGGCACGUUCGCGACCGGCAGUUACCGACCGGUCAGUCAGAGCGGCGCGACGUCCACCGCUGGUUUGAAUACAAACACCUCCACCACGAGUUUCACAAUGGGAACAAACACGUACGAGAAUCUGCCUGUUCCGGCGAUGAGUUUUAACAACAGUCAACACUCCGGAGUGACCAGCGCCAGCGCGCAACCGUUGCUACCGAUAUCGCACUCCACGAUACCCAAGAGUUAUCGCCAACAAACGUCGACUCUGCCGUUGCAGAACGGCAACAGCGGCGGCGGCGCGUUCACGAUAUCGGCGACUCUUUCGAACUCGGACGUGUGCUCCCAUCGCACGGUUCCGCGGACACUGACCACCCGAGUCAUCAGCAAAGCGAUGGACGUGCUGACCGAUUGCUCGGCGAAGGACUAUCUCUGCUUGUCGCCGAGCAACAUCGCGGCGAUGCCGCAGAGCUUGUCGCGUUCCGUGCAACAGUCAGCGGCUCUGGCGAGUCCGAGCAAUUACAAGAGCAUCAAAGAAUCGGAUGCAUUUUACACGGACGCGCCUGUGGCGUCAGCGUCCGGUCUAACGCAAUCCGAAACGUAUACGGCAAACGUGGCGGACGCAUCGGAGAAACCUCGAGAGUUUAAGCCUUCGCUGAGCGUAGCUAACGAGAUCAACGCGAGCGGCAGCUUCGACUCGAUAACGUGCACUUGCAGCAUACAGGCUUUACCGACUUUGCACGACGACACGGACGACUAUCGGAGCGAGUGCGAGAACUGCAAGAGCGCGACAGGUUCUCGCUAUUAUCUGGAUAACGAGGACGAGCUGCUCGCGUCACAUCACGAAACCAUGACGCUGCACAGAAGACCGGACGACGCAGCAUCAAGUGCCACACCGCAGUAUUAUAGAACCUCACUUACACUGCCGACGAGUACACGCCAACGUACAAGGAUUUCUGGGGCUCGUGAAAAUUGGUUCAACACCAUGCCAGAAAGUUCUAGCGGAUCUUCCGACGAAAACUAAGUAUUGCGAAGAGAGAAAUAGCGAAAAAACAAUGUUUAAUUGCGUAAAUAAGAUUAUUAUACACACAUACAACACAGGAACAACACGUAAAUACAGUAAUCUCUGUAUGCCACAUAAGUAUUAAAAAAAAUUAUCUAUACAGAGUGUCCCAGAAUUAUCGCGCUUCUCCUAUCGAACAGGAUAAUCGUUACCGGUUGAAACGACGGCGUAAUAAUUUCUCAUGUUGAGAUAUUUGAAACAAAAACAAAAAAAAUUCGAACUCGUUGUACAACACUCGCAACGCGACGUAAAAACUUCUCUUUCAAACUUUCGCGAAUCUCUCCAUUUAUGUCGAUAUAGUAGCACAGUUUAAGUCUUCCAAAAAAAAAAAAAAAAUCUCUCUAUUCUCCGUA